GUGGCCUGGACCCUGGGAAACUCGGCUCAAAGCCACCUCAUCUCAUCUGCCUGAAAUCCCAGUUAGAGACACAUUCCUUUAAGUCGUGGGGACCCAGCGUGGGAGCAGCAAGUGGACCGAUUACAGAGCCGGUGACCCUGCGUCCCCACGCUGCACCCAGGGGCACCCGAGUGAAGCUGCAUCUCUUCCGGCCCAGGAGCCAUUGUCACCAGUGGAGAGGGAAGCACCAAGGAGAGCUGAGAGGCACCAUGACUACAGCAUGAACUGGAAUCCACCCCGAUAGUCCACUUUACCAGAGCAUCGUUAACCCUUUUUGGGCCAAGAUGACUAGAGAAGAAAUGUGCUGGCUACUCUUUCAUCCACAGGCUUGGGAGGAGAUGGCGGAGAUGACUGGCUUGGAAAGGGAUGAGGCCAAUGUGCUGUAUCAGAUCCUGUUUGAAGAGCUGACGCGACGUGAGCAAGUGUCCGUGCUAGAUGGAAAUCUGUCAGAGGAGGAAAAAAUAUUUCUCCUAUGUUUUCCCUCGCAGAAGCAUAAGCUGGAAAAGAGUAUCAAAGAGCUUAACACCAUUGCAGACCAAGUUGACUCAACCCACAAGAUGUUCACCAAGACCAACCUGGUGGCUAGCUCCUCAAGCGCUGUCUGUGGAGUCAUGAGCAUCCUGGGCUUGGCCCUGGCACCUGUGACAGCAGGAGGGAGUCUGAUGCUCUCAGCGGUUGGACAGGGCCUGGGGGCAGCUGCCGCCAUCACCACCAUUUUCACAAAUGUCUUAGAAAAUAGAAGCAAUUCGGCAGCAAGAGACAGAGCCAGGAUACUGGUGUCUAUUCCAGCGACAGAGGAGAAUGAAGCUCUUGGAGGAAUAAAGUUGUCUGAGGUCUAUGCUGCUGGGUUGUGUGUUAAUAAAUGUGCCAGCAUCAUCAAGAGCAUCAGGCAACUUCAUGCCUACCGGAUGGCCAAAGCCAACUCUGGCUUCACGGCUAUGGUUAAGAAUUUCAUGGCCACAGGCCGUGUCCCCUUCUGGAGGGCCACAGGGGUGCAGAGAACCAUUGAGGGCCCAGCUCAGGCCAUGACCAGGGGUGCCCGGGUGAUGGGUGCUGCUGGAGCUGGCUUCCUUCUUAUGCAGGAUGUGAACAGCCUUCUGCAGAACUGGAGGCACCUGGAGGAGGGAGCGAAGGCCGGGACGGCAGAGGAACUGAGAACAUGCGCCAAGGAGCUGGAGCAGCGGCUGGGCCAGCUCACCCGGCGCUACGAGCUGAUCAUCUGGAGGCAGCACUCUCUGAGGAGUUAGAAGGUGGUCAGGCUGUCUCCACGGAACCUUGGUUUACGAGAGGCAAAAUACAGGAUCUCAGUUAAGAAAACUCGGGGUAGGGAAAUUUCUGCUUGCCACGAGGCACCCAGCAAUGAUGACAGAAAGGGGACCUGCAGCGGUUGGUGGUAACCCUUGGGGACUCCGGAAAUACCUGGGAUGGAAGGGGAAUUUGUCAGAGAGAGACCAGAUUUUCUGUGUGUACUGGUGGGGUCGGAGACCAACAAGACUUAAAUAUUCAUGUUAAGUUCAACUGAGGUCAGAACACAUUUAGAAUGUGUGUAUUUCCAAAUUGUAGAUAACUACACAGUACCUUUAUAAUUAAAGUGAAAAAAAUAUCCUUUAUUUUAAAAUAAACUAUGCUCUGUGACUCCUCCAUUCCCCUUCUUGUGCUGCCCCCCCCACCCAUCUCUCAUUAUGGUCAUGCCUUGCCAGAAUCAUUGUCGUGGAGCCUAUUGCUCAAGCUUAGAUCUGAUCUGCAUUCCCAGUGCCCUGCAAGGUGAAAGUCAGUGAUUUGAGAAAAGCUGUUACGGAGAGAAAGUUAUCCUUUUAUUGCUGCAGAAUUUAUAAUCGUGAAAAAUUGGACACCAUUAAAAUGUUCCAACACGAGGAAACUGGUUAAACACCAACUCUGCAUCCACUUGAGAGAACAUUAUGUCGCUAUCAAAAUGAUGUUCACGAGAGUCAAUAAUUGGAUUGGCAUGGAAAAUGUUUAUUUUAUCAAAUUAGGUGAAAAAAAAGCAGGAUGAGAAUUGUAUAUGCACUUUCUCACCUUUAACCUAACUGGGGGAAAUCACAUCUUUCAAACCUGUGUGUAGAAAAAAAGCUCCGAGGAAAUACAGCAAGGUCACACUGCAGCUAUCUUUAUUUAGAGAUAAUUUUGGUUACUUUUUCCUUCUUCCUUUUACCUUUCUGUAUUUUUCAAGUUUUUAUUAUGUGAAUUACUGUUUUAUGAAACAGAAAGGAUAAUAAAUACUUACGUCAAAAUUAAAGAACUUUAAAA